GCGCCGCGGGGCGGGUUUGGGCGCGGAGAGGAUAAAGGCGCCGCGCUGCUGAGCCUGGGUAGGGAUUCUGCUCGCGGUGCUUCGACAUUGGGCCACGUGCUGCUCCAGCUCCAGCUCCAGCGCCGCAGCGCAGCAUCUCUGGGUGGCUGCGUCGGAAGGGUACUUGAAGAGAAAAUGCCAGUGGUCAUUAGGACGCUGCGGCAAACUGUAUGCCAGGUGCUGCAGAGCACAGCCUGCCGCUGUCGGAAGGCUGCCCUGCCCGGCCUGUUCCCGGGCCCCUCCCCUUGGCAGCUUCCAGCCGAUGCCAACUUCCACUCUGCCUCUUUCUCUGAAACAGACCAGCCACGUGUCUUAAUUACAGGGGGUCUUGGCCAGCUGGGAGUGGGGCUUGCUAACUUUCUGAGGAAACGAUUUGGGAAGGAUAAUGUGAUUUUGUCUGACAUAAGGAAACCGUCUGAUCACAUCUUCCGCAGUGGUCCAUUUAUUUAUUCCGACAUUCUGGAUUACAAGAAUCUUAGAGAGACAGUGGUAAACCAUCGCAUUACCUGGUUGCUUCAUUAUAGCGCUUUGCUCAGUGCAGUUGGAGAAGCAAAUGUAUCCUUGGCAAGAGCUGUCAAUAUCACAGGAUUGCAUAAUAUUCUGGAUGUUGCCACAGAACACAAUUUGCGAUUGUUUGUGCCCAGCACGAUUGGAGCUUUUGGACCCACUUCUCCCCGGGACCCAACCCCUGAUCUCUGCACCCAGAGACCAAGGACAAUCUACGGGGUGUCCAAGGUCCACGCGGAGCUCAUGGGAGAAUAUUAUCAUUACCGGUAUGGGCUAGAUUUCCGAUGCUUGAGAUAUCCCGGCAUCAUUUCAGCUGACUCCCAACCUGGAGGAGGAACAACUGACUACGCAGUCCAGAUUUUCCACGAUGCUGUGAAAAAUGGCAAGUUCGAGUGCAACCUGAAAGCCAACACGAGGCUCCCAAUGAUGUACAUUGAUGACUGCAUUAGGGCCACCCUGGAAGUGAUGGAAGCCCCGGCAGAGUCCCUCUCCAUGAGGACCUACAACGUCAACGCCAUGAGCUUCUCCCCCGAGGAACUGGCCCAGGAGGUCCUGAAGCACGUACCAGAAUUCCAGAUCACCUACAACGUGGAUUCUGUUCGACAGGCGAUAGCCGACAGUUGGCCAAUGAACUUUGAUGACAGCAAUGCUCGGAAGGACUGGAGAUGGAAACAUGAUUUUGAUCUUCCAGAGUUGGUGACGACCAUGUUGAACUUCCAUGGUUUCGAUACCAGAGUUGCUCAAGCUAACUGAAGGAAUCAAAAGAAAGAGCUUGUGCAUCCUGGACCUCUGUCGAGGGAAAACAGUAGUGACCUUAAGGUUAAAGACCCCUAAGAACCUAGAUUAUUGGAGUCAAAGGCCUCAUAGGACUAAAUUUUGGCAGCUCACACUGAACUGUCAGAGAAUCGAGUUGGCUUUGGCAUCUUCACAAUGCUGUCGGUUAGGUGGUAGGACUUGUAAAGCUUUGCUGUUUGCCUAAACUUAUCCAAACACACAUAUCACAGAAUGAAGACUGAAGUCGUAACAGUUUCUAUUUCCCUAAUUAAAAUGAAGUGACCAUUUCUGGGAAGGUGAAAAGUAUGUGACGGUUGUGUUUAAUUAAAUUUCAUUUAAAUAUCACUCCUAAGACUCUAUUAUUCUCUUGAUUAGAGACUACAGAUUACAUUUUAGAGACUAUCAAAGAUGCUCUCCUAAUUUAAAAGUAUUCUUUCCUAUCCCAUCAAAACAUAAAAUGUGUUUGAUAUCUUUAUUAAUCCCAUGUUCACAAUGCUGAAGAGAUUUUUAACACUUUUUCAAAAAUGAUCAUUUCUCAUUUAUUUUUCUGUAAGAAAAUAUGUCUGUAGGAAAUUAAGAAUAUAAAAGAUGAGGUAAUGAGUAAAGGACAUGUCACCUCUUCUUUUGCUUGCCUUCCCAUUAGUGAGCUAUGGGAAUUAGCAGGAAUAUAAUUCCCUUUCCUGACAAUGUCAGUCUCAGAGGAGCUUGUCUAAGUAUGCAGGUUUCUGGGCUCCACCCCUUCACAUUGUCUCAAUAAAUGGGGACGGCAUCUCGAAGUGCCACUAGUCCUAUUGCAGCUCUGGCCCACUUGUGGAGACCAGUUCCAAACACUAUUUUCUAAAGAGAGCUUUCUUGUUACAGGCUUUUUUAUAUACUCUUAGACUGAGACUUCAGAGGAGCUACUCUAAACCCUCAGAAGCCAGUACUGUAUAAAUAUAUACAGAUUUCCUGUUUUUCCAGCCACCUCAGGACGUGCUACAUGUGGAAUCACUAGAAGGUGAAACUGCACAGAUGAAUCAUAGGUAUAUUGGUAAACAGCUGUCAAGGAUUAAAAGGCAUUUAUUAUAUGUGCUUAAUGACAAUGUUAUGUGUUUGGAAUUUUUAACAGCUAGGCAGAAACGUAAUUUUCCUGGAGGCAUAACUGGAUUUAUAUUUAACAUAUAACUGGAGAACUUCUAGAUAAUUGAAUUAUUUAAUAAUAGUUAUGUUGAUAUAAUUCUUCCCCUUACUUAGCAUAAUUAACCUUACAUUUCUAUAUUUUAUUUUCUAAAACCGAACAGAUAGUAAUGAGCUUUUCUGUUUUACAGCUUUUUUGAGAUAUAUUUCGUAUACUGUAAAAUUCAGUAUAUGGUAAUUAGCUGUAUAUAGUAAUUAGAUUUUUCAGUAUAUUCACAAAGUUGUGCAGCCAUCACUAUAAUCUAAUUUUAGGCCAUGUCAGCAUCCCACAAAGAACCACAUACUAGCUCUCCUCACCCUAGGCAACCAACAGUUUACUUUCUGGGUCUACGGAUUUGCCUAUUCUGGACAUUUCACAUCAGUGGAAUCAUACAAUAUAUAGUCUUUUGUGAAUGGCUUCUUUAACUUAGCAUAAUGUUUUCAAGGUUCACGUUAUAGCGUGUAUCAGUAUUUCAUUUACUUUUACUGCACUUGAUUUCAUCACUACAUAGUAUUCCAUUGUGUGUACAUACCACCUUUUGUUUUGUCUGUUCAUCAGUUGAGGAAUGUUUAGGUUGGUUAAUUGCACUUUUUAGUUAUAAAUAAUAUUGUUAUGAAUAUUUGUAGAUAAUUGAAUUUUGAAGCUCAUUUAUUUCUUACUGUUUACAGUUUGAAAAACAGUUCUUAAGCUCUUGUAAUUAAUUCUUAGUUAUCUUAAAGGAACAGAAAUUAAUUUUUUCCUUCCAUGAGAAGGGAAGAAGGAACUGACUUGACUGACCCUUUUCUUUAGACCCUGCUCUUCCCGCGUUUCCUCCACGUUCCUUGGGUGACCUUGUAAUUGGGGCCCUUUGGAAGGAUUUGUUCCAGAAUGGCUAUAGAGUUUAUAAAUCUAUAAAGGCCUCUUCAGGAGAACCUCAAAGAAGCGUGUAAGAACAAGGAAUGCUUUGAAUUAUAUGGAUGAUUCUUCUGACAUCUUUGCAUUCUAAUUAAGACUGAACUGAGAGCUGCCCUUUCUAUCUAAACACUUUCUAUCUGGUGCACACCUUGAAGUCCCAGGCGAUGACUCAAUCUUUUACUAUAAGAAGCUUUCCUUUCUGUUGGGAAAAGGGGUUUUUAUGGUUAAUUUAGAAAUGAUCUGAAGAAGGGGAAAGUGUGAGUUUAACCACACUUUUUUUAAUUUUAAAUUAGAAAAGGAAGAAUACAAAUGUUGACUUUGCUCUGAUGUCUUUCACUUCGAAGAUUUCCACAGACAAACGAUAUGGUUAUUAGUUCUGCUAAUGUGUUUUCUGUGUAGCAUUGCCGUGAUAUGACUUUGUGUCAUUCCACAAACAGCACAGCCUAAUGACUGCCAGCAAUUAUACUGUUUAAAAUCAAGAAAUAGGCCCUAGGCAACAAAUAUUAUUGCACUACUUCAGACACUUACUGUAGAAGGGGGUGGAUGCUAAUAGUAUUUUUUAACACGCUUAGGCCAGAUUGACAACUUGUUAUUGUGUUUUAUGGUAAGGGCAUAAGUGUUUUUUUAAAUAAAAAUUUUUUAAUUUGUUCAUUUAAAAAUGUGCUUAUUAAGAAUUUAAACAACUAAAAGUAAUAUAAUGAAAAAAGUUGUCUUCUCUAAAUGCAAUCAAUAACUGAUUCAACAGUAUAGUGUAUAUUUGUAUUUCCCAGUGCUUAUACAACAUAGUAACAGAUAGAGAAACUUUUUUUUCCAUAACUACAAAAGUAGUGCUAAGACAAAAUCAACAAGUUUUGGAAAAGAAUAAUUUGCAAUCCUUGCCAGCUAACAGACUAGCUGUUGUUUCAUAUUCCUAUCCAUUCUUCUCAGAUAUCUUACAAGUAAAUUAAAUAUUUACCAUUUAAAAUAUUUAAUAGUUACCAUUUAAAAAUAGCCGCAUAAUACCCAUUGAAUGGGCGAUCAUAAUUGUGUAAUCAAUCCACUAUUUAAUUGCUUUAUUUAGAAACCCAGAAAUACAAUUACUAGGUCAAGGGGUAUAAACACUUCACUUGCCUCUUAAUUUUACAUACUCAAAUUUCUAUUAAGAAAGAGUUGA